AAAUGGGGACGAAAUCCCUUGAGAGGCAGCUCUGCUGGCUGCGCAACAGUCCGGCUGCCCAGCGCCUUGCUGUUAUCGCGUACUGGGAAAACGAUCACGUGAAGAGGCGGGGAGUCAGCCCUGCAGAGCCUGGGUGGCUUUGUGGUGUUGCCAGUGGGAUCCUGUUAGCUUCUGCCCCGAUGGCGUUUGUAACCCAGCAUCAGCUCCAAAAGUUCCAGGAGGAUGGCUUCCUUGUCCUAGAGCGUUUUUUCACUGCGGAGGAGUGUGACAGCAUGAGGAAUCAGAUUCAGAGAAUCGUAGCGGAGAUGGAAGUGCCACCGCACUGCCGCACCGAGUUCUCCACCAAGGAAGAGGAGCAGCUCCAGGCGCAGAUGCAGGGUAGCUCGGAUUAUUUCCUAACCAGUGGAGACAAGAUUAGAUUCUUCUUUGAGAAAGGUGUUUUGGAUGAGAGAGGUAACUUCCUAAUUCCAAAGGAGAAAUCAGUCAGCAAGAUUGGCCAUGCUUUACAUGCUUGUGAUCCUGUCUUCAAGCAAAUCACCCACUCCUCCAAGGUGCAGGAAUUGGGAAGAAAACUAGGCCUUGAGAAACCUGUAGUUGUGCAAAGCAUGUAUAUCUUCAAGCAACCUGGCAUUGGCGGUGAAGUGACCCCGCACCAGGAUGCCACCUUCCUGCACACGGAGCCUCUGGGCAGAGUCCUGGGGUUCUGGAUUGCCCUGGAGGAUGCCACGCAGGAGAAUGGCUGCUUGUGGUUCAUUCCCGGCUCUCACACCAGUGGAAUUACCCGAAGAAUGGUCCGUGCACCUUCAGGUGCCUCAACAUGUGUUGAGUUUGUAGGGUCAGAGCCAGGCUAUGAUGACAGCCAGUUCAUACCUCUGCCUAUAAGUAAAGGUGGACUCAUUCUCAUCCACGGUGAAGUUGUCCAUAAGAGUGAUCUGAACAGGUCUGAGUUUUCUCGCCACGUGUUCACCUUCCAUGUGAUGGAAGCCAAAGACACCAGCUGGAGCAAAGAGAACUGGCUCCAGCCAACCCCCGAACUGCCUUUUCCAUCGCUCUACACUUGAAGUUAGUGACUGGCUUCUGGAGUCCAUAACUGAUCAAUAUUCCUUUCUGAUCAUUCAUGUUGCCUUUAAAUACAACUUCCACUAGAUCAGCUCUCAUGAUUAAUUUAUCCUCUUCUCAGAACAAGGACCCUUGACACAGCCUGCAUUAGACAGAAACUUCUACUACAGCAUGAGCCCUACUAGUAUGAGAAUAGUUGCCCAGAACUUUUGGUAAGGAAAAUUCUUCAGUCUUGAGAUUAGACCAUUAAGGAUCAUUGUACUUUGACUGGGACCAGUUAAGGAGAAAUACUUCUUGCAGAUACUCAAUAUUUUCUUAUGUUUAAGUCAAGAGCUUGUCCAGUGCAUUUCUUGGCUGUGUUGGUCCCAGCAAUGCAGGUGAACAUGUCACGUGAAGAUAGCUGAUUUUUACCCUUAGGUCUCUGUCCUACUGUUUGAAUGACAGUGAUUAAAAAUAAUCCUAUUCUGGGUAAAAUGAAGCAGAAAGUCUGCUUCUAAGCAUUUCUAGCAAACUGUAGCUGAGCGUUUGAUCUCUGAGUGUAUUGAUUAAAAAUAUUAGUUCUUCAUUUAUGUUGAAAUUUUGAAAACAAAAAACCUCAGUCAAACUCCUAGCAGUUAAAUAAAAAAACAGAAAUUCUCCUUUUCAUCUCCCUCAUCUUUUCUUUGAGAAAGACACAGUGUGACCUUCUCCCAACAGCUGGGGCCAGCACUAAGUUGUCCAAAAACUGGUUUGAACUCUCAAUGUGCACAAGAACAAUUACUAUCCCCAAAACCCCAACAAACCAAACUAACUUUAAGCAAGUUGAAACCUAAGGAAUGUUAAGAAACAUAAGUUACAUCUGAGGGUAGCUUAAGCCUGUAUCCUAAACUGAACAUAAGCCUUGUAGGUGUAAUUUCACUGGCAGUGGUGCAGUGGCAACCCUGAGAAAUGAGCCUGGUAUCAUCAAUGCACUAAUUACAUGUUAGUAACCUUAAGGCCGCUCGGAGUCCUGGCAGAAUGAGCCUCAGUUUUUACUGACUCAUCCCUUUCGAAAGUAUAUUGUCUGUCUCUGGCAUUUGUUUGGUAUGAAAUAGUCACAUAUGGUUUCUCUGUGGAAAUGAGUUUCCUUUCAGCCCUUUGGACUUUGCUGGGCAAUGCAGAAUCAGUUCAGUACAGCAAAGAAUUUAUCACAAAGGAAGGAUCAGGUGGCUGUGGUAGGAACUGGGAAGCUGGGUAAUGGCAACAGCAAUAAUGUUGAGUUCAAAGUUUCUGCAGGUACAGCCACUGCCUUCCCUAUCUUUUCUACAGUUUGAAAGCUGUGAGCAGGGUAGAGGGAAAAUUACUUUAACUCUGGUACUAUUUUGUGAUGUUAAUGGUGAAGGCUCAUGGUGGAAGCAGCUAAAGCUUUUUCUGUAUCUUUCAAUUAGAAGAGUUAAUAAUUUAGAAUAGCACCUUUCUGCUGAGGAAUGAUAGUUUGUCCUCUGAUUAUAUGCACUACCACCUGCAAUGUACAAAACCAUCUAGUUCAAGUGCAUACCUAAAAGCAAGAACGUGGACUGGAUUUGCAAGAUUUCCUGUUAAAUGUGAAGGAAACAGUCUAGCACAAUUAGAGUUUGGUUUCCUACAAAGAGUAUCUGACACUUUACUGUAUUAUUAACCAAACCCAACUCUGGAUGAAUUUGACAUCCUCAGGAAAAGCAGUAUUAAAUCUCAGGAGCCCUGCCCAGGCAGGGCGGUAAGUUGGGCAAUGCUGCCUCUCAGCUAUUCGAGUCCUGGCUUGUCGCAGGGACAAACACAACAUUAGAUUCUGGGGCCAUUUUUGCCGGCUUGCUCUGCUGGGCCAGAGUAUUAGUUUCACUCCACUCCGGUCUUAUUUUCCCUAAGACACAGCCUGAGGGCAAGGACUGCAAGACAGUAUUAUUUAAGGUAUCUUGGACUCACACAAAACUGUUCCCAAAGGUGAAUAAAAGAAGUGUCAGAAGUUAACUUCAUCCUGGAAUACAAAUCUUCUGCUUUGACACUUCUCAGGGGAAGGGAAGAGGCAGGGAGGAUGCGCUAAUGUGUUUUGUUCUAAUGGACACUUGGCAAACUGGUGAGGAGAGAUUGUCAAUACAGAAGUGUUUAAUACAUAAAGUGUUCUUUUUCAGCCACAAAAUGGUAGUUAUAAUUUUAGUUAAGUGGACAGAA